UUCAUGCAAUGUCCCAGCGAUUGGAUCAGCAGCCACCCCAACCUCGACAACUUCUGUCAAGACAGAGGUCAAUGUCAAGUGUGGAAGAUUCAAAGUAUGCACGAGAUUUUGAACAGAUCAUCAGGCUCCUUCACACGAUCAGGCUCAACCAAGAAGAACACGGUGAGCAGCUGCAUUUGAUCAUGUCGGAAAUGACAACUCGGGUGCAUGAAGAGCUGGAUGAUGACUUCCUCCAAAGGCCAUUCGAGGACCUCGAUGAAUUUUUGUUCUUUGACAAUGAACUGAAAACAUCGGCUGACAGAAGAGAGAAACUGAGAGCCUUUUUCUGCAAAUUUGGGGGCCGACACGCAAAGGAGAAGACUGUUGUAGCCCUGCAGCAUUUGAUGGGUGACACAGUUGCCGAGCAAUUUAGUUGGUACGGGAAAAAAGGGAAGAUGAAGUUCUAUGAACUUAACAGUUGUGAUAUCCUGCUGAAGGACCUUUGUAGAGCAAGAACUCGGUCAAAAGCAAGUGGCACAGCUGCAGACACUACCCCAACCUACAAGGAAGUUGAAGCUGCAGUAAAGGACUGGCUGCGUAGGGCUAAAGAACGAAGAGCCAGCCGUAGUAAAGCACAAGUCUCCCAAGAGGAAGAACUCAUCCCAGAUCCAGAAUGA